AUGGACGGAUACCCUGUUGGAAGCCUGGACCACAACAUCCCGUACAUUGUUCUCGCGGGUCUCGCAUCAGGCCCCGCUAGAGACCUACCUCUGAACGCAGAGCUCCGAGACCAGGCUCUUCUCGUUCGGUCAGAACUGCCGAGCAUAGAAAGCCAGGAUGCCGAAGCCUUGAGAGACUACGUCGUGCGCCAGGAUGGAAGAAACCGCCCAUGGAAUGGGAGGGACAGCGGGAAACCGUACAAGCUGCGCGUCACCGUGGCUGGUCGAUCACUUGUUCUUCCUCCCCGUCGCGCCCGGCUUCCAGAGGGCGUCGAUGCUCCCGCGACCCCCGCCGUCUUGCACUCGCCCUUUUCGCCCCUCAGCCCGAUAUCGCCCUUAUAUCCCGACGGCUUGAUGAACACGGAUUGGCUCCAGAAGCACGAUGACAUGGUGCCCAGCGUCUAUGUGUCGUUUUACACGUUGACAGCCGAUCCCACGCUUGCGACACUUCACGAUAACCAGCUCAAGACCGACAUCAAUAACACCAAAGCCGCCCUAAGCAGGUCGGGCUAUAAAACACGUUUUGUAGUGGUUCUUCUGAGCGAUGGUACUGCAUCAUCUUCCGUACAAGAGCUCGUGCAGGAGCGCCUUGACAACAUCAGAAGAGGCGUUGCUCUGGACACUAGGUCGUUCUUCUAUCUGCCGCCUCACGAUAUAUCUACAGACUUGGAACACACUGCAGAUUCCAUGCUGGCGGCCGUAUUUCUUCAGGCUAUAGAGUACUACCGCGACCUCGGCCGUCAUGCUAGGAAGAAACGCGGCCGGGGUGUCGCUCCACAGCCUACGGUACCACCUACAAACACGUCACAAACACUCACGGUGCAAGACUGGAAUGUGCGUUAUGACUACAAGACAGGUGUCUUUGCCGAAUACCGACAAGAAAUGGAUGCGGCGUUACGCUCAUACGACCAAGCAUACGAAGGACUUCUGAGCCAAGAUGUCAUGGACAUCAUUCCCAGCUGGAGUCCGCGGUGGAAUGAAGCGCGGAUGUUGGCCGAUGUCAUCGCGAUACGCAGCAUACGAUGCCUGCUCUGGGGCGGGCAGACGACGACUGCGGUGCGGAGAUGGCAAUUACACCGGGACAGGAUAGCCGAUUUUGUCGACAGGCGCGGCCGGGGCACCAACAACUAUGGCUGGGCCGCGUGGGAAUCAAGAUGGGCCGUCGUCAUGGCCAACUUGAUCGAAAGGGUGGACAUCCGCAGCCUGGCGCCGUCGACGCGAGCUUUGUUCCUCCAGCCGGAAAAGGCUGCUAUGGGCGAACGGCUGCAGCCAUGGGAGAUGCUGCACCACACGGGAUACUGGUACCGCAUUGCUGCUGAGCAUCUGGUGGCUCGCCGGGCGCUCGCUCGAUCCAUACCGGAGGCGGACCGGCGCUCGCCAGACACCACCCCGGCAUCGGCUGUUGCCAGCAAGGCCUUCCAAUACGACACUUACAUGUGUCCAGACCCCCACGAGGAGUUCCCACUUCAGGGGACGGGUGUAAACCACUCUCAACUUAUCAUAGACUGUUUGAUGGCGGCCAGGUCCCAGUUUCAGGCACGGCGACAACUUCGAUUGUCGGCCGAACUGUCGCUGGAAUGUGCCAAAGAAAUGGUCAACCUGAAGGCCUGGGACGACAUAGUGGCGUUGCUGCGGCCGCUGUGGGAGGACAUGUCGUUCAGGACAGAGGGUUGGUUGAACAUCACGGAAGAUCUGAGCUGGGUGUUGCGCGCUGCGGCCGCCCACACUGGCCAGGGUGAGCUUGUGGUCGCCAUCGACUGGGAGCUGAUGAACAGGAAAUUCACGCGGCGGCCCAAGUGGCAUUACGAUAUUUCCAGGUCCCUAGAGGGCCUCAACCUCGAUUCGAGACCAAACGUGACAAUCAACGAUGACCUUGUUUCGUCCUUCAUAUCGGCAUCCUUCAUUUUCAAGACCGAAGAUGGCAAAGCUGGGGAGACUUGCCAGGCGCAGCUCGCGAUCAAGUCGGAUGCCUUCUCGGACGCGAAGCCGGUAACGCUCAAGGGCCUGAAAAUCCAUUUCGAAGGCAGCCUGAAGACCAUCACGCUAGACCACGAAACACAUUCUGCGUCAGGCACAGAAAAAUGCGACGUGACGCUGUCGAACGUGCCACUGGCCCAGGCAGCCCGAGCAGCUGCAGAAGAGGGCGAAGAGGGCUCAUCGGGGCUCAGCGGAUCUGCAAACCUGUCAUUGAAGCCGGGCCACACAAAUAUCUACGAAAUGGCGAUACCCCUACGAGAACCCGGCGAGGCCCAGGCUUCCUCGGUCACUCUAAUACUGGAAGCAGAAGCUUUCACGCUCCACUACACCGUUGCCUUCCACGAUCUGGGAGCGGCGGACUUCUGGUUCAGCCCCUCCUUGUCGAGGAGACGAAUCGUGCGGCAGAGCGCCCAUGUAAUCCAAGUCCAGGCAAGACCGCCCAAGCUGGAGAUCAAGCUUGCACAGCCCCUGGAUCAGUUCUACGCGAACGAGCCGAUGGAUCUGGUCUUGGACGUGGUCAACGCCGAGGAUACAGAGGCAAUUGCCAAGUUGGAAGUCCAUGUCUUUGGCGAACAGAUCCCGCCCUUCCGGGUCUGCAUCGAGGACGACGAGGAACACACCGCGGAAGCCGGAAAGGAGGAAACCAAGCUCACGGGUCUGUCGCUCGGCACGCUGGCGACGUCACAGUCCACCCGCGUCAAGAUCGGCCUGGAUCCGGUGCAGCUGACGACGUCAUACGAUGUGACGCUGAGGGUCUUCUACCAUCUCGUGACGGACCCGGCGACCUUGAUCAUGCAGAUCUUGCCCGUCCAGCUUACCGUCGUCAACCCGUUUGAAGCCAACUACGACCUCAUUCCCCGCCUCCAUCCCGACCCCUGGCCGAGUCUGUUCGAUCACGAGGGUGUCCAGGAUCCGUCUGUGGACGAAGCCGCACUGCAGCCUCGCGGACUGGCGCAGAAGUGGUGCCUCGUGUGCCACUUUGCCUCGUUCGCGACGGAGGACCUGGAGAUCGUCAGUAUGGACGCCGAGGUGGUCGCGUGCCAUAACCAUGCGCGCUGCACUACGGCGACGCGGCCGGAGGUUCCAGAGGGCGGUCUUCGCGUCCCGCCGAAGCAAAUGCAGGAGGCGCGGUUCGAUCUCGUGGCGCAGAAGUUCAGCCUCGACGACCGGGGCCCGGCGUCUCUCGACGUGGCGUUCGUGCUCAAGUGGCGACGGACGAAGUCGUCGACGUCGACGGCGGCUGUUAACACGACCAGGAUGCUCGUCCCGCGGUAUAUUGUAUUGGGCACCGAGCCGCGCGUGCUCGCCUCGUACUCGCUCGCCAACUCGCAGACUGGGCUGAUCAACCUAGACGUCACCAUCGAGAACCCGUCGAGUCACUUUUUGACGUUCGGCCUCGGCAUGGAUCCCAGCGACGAGUUCGCCUUUUCGGGAUCGAAGCAAACGACGGUGCACGUGCUGCCGGUGUCGAGGAGGUCCGUCACGUACCGGCUGCUGCCGUUCACGCGGGGCGACUACAUCCGGCCCACGCUCGUGGUGAGGGACAAGUACUUCCAGAAGGUGCUGAGGAUCAUCCCGACCGAGGGCAUGAAGAUCGACAAGGACGGCCUGCUGGUCUGGAUCCCACCAGAGGAGGGUAAUGAGGAGGGUGAUGGGGAGGACAGCUAG